AUGUCUCUUUCAAAUUUGAGGAAGUCUCUUUCAUAUGAGCAGCCUCCAUCUCUACUCGCAUUUCCCCCCUCAAUCGGCCUGGUCCAUUUCGUCGGCAUCGGUGGCCAUGGAGUCUCUGGCCUAGCCUUGAUCCUCCAUAAAAUAGGAUAUACGGUACAAGGAAGCGAUGCGAAAGAAAGCGACAACAUCAACAGACUACGAGCUGCAGUUGUCACGGUCUUCAUUGGCCAUGACGAGGCAUACGUGAAUUCUGCAAAGCUGGUCGUCGCUUCAGCUGCAGCCUGGAUAGUCAAAUUUCGCCCCAGAGACAAUAUUCAAGUUAAAUUAGCAAGAGAAAAAGGCAUUCCAAUGAUCCACCGAGCUGAACUACUGGCCGAAUUAAUGCGAAACAAGAAAGCAAUUGCGGUGGGUGGCAGCCACGGGAAAAGUACUACCACCAGUAUUAUCGGUGGUAUACUCGAAGCUGGUGGACUUAACCCAACCGUUGUGACAGGAGCCAUUAUGAAUCUCUACGACUCAAAUUCCCAUCUCGGCUCGGGUGAGUGGGUAGUCGCUGAAGCGGAUGAAAGCGAUGGCUCCUUUUUGUGCUUGCCACACUUGAUCACCGUCGUCACGAAUAUCGAUAGCGACCAUUUCAUAUACUGGAAAGAUCAAACCAAGACCCGAGCUGCAUUUACUCGGUUUGUUCGGAAUAUGCCAUUCUAUGGAUUGCGCGUCAUUUGCAUUGAUGAUCCAGGUGUCCGUCAGAUUCUACCUCUUCUGCAGGACCGGGAUAUUAUUACCUACGGUAUUUCAGAAGAUGCAGACUUCUGUGCAGAGAAGAUCUGUUCUAUGCCUAGCCCAGAGACCCAGUCUCAACGCAGAAUUGGUCCCAUAUCGAUUAAGGCGCUUGGGAUAGAAAAUGUUCGAAAUACACUUGCGGCGAUUGUUGUUUCAACCGAUCUGGGCAUUGGAAUAGAGAAUCUGAAUCAAUCCUUGAGCUCUUUCCCUGGUCUGCAUCAUCGGUUCCAAGUUGUUGGUUCUUGCUCAUCCUGCCGAGAUAAAUGCGGCGAUUCGGAUGGCCAAGCAGACGGGGGCCCGAAGAUCAUUGCUGUCAAUCAGCCAAGCGCGAGACUCAAAAUAGUAGAAGGCUGGCUGGAUGAAUACCCUGCUUUGUUCAAAGGAGCCGAUCAUGUUAUUAUUGGUCAGGGAGAAGGAGGGAAUAUGGCGGCGGCAACAGAGGGCCGAGAGAUGCUUGUUGAAUACUUGCGAGCUUAUGGGCGUGAAGAUGUUAUUUCCAUGCCCGACUCGAAUCAGCUACCAAGACUGAUCUCUGAAAAAGCUGGAGAGGGUGAUAUUGUUAUAUGCAUGGGCUAUUUAGGAUCUGGUCGUUGGGCAAAGGAACUGAUACAGCAUCUUGGAGAGGUUAAAUCUACAUAG